AUGGCGGCCGCUGUCAAAGCUAUCAAUGCGAAGAUCCGCUCCAACAAGGUGCUGGACUACUUUUGCUCAACACACUUUUGGGGCCCAGCUUCCAACUUUGGUAUUCCUAUCGCUGCCGUGUUGGACAUUCAAAAAGACCCCGAGAUUAUCUCCGGAUCCAUGACCGGCGCCCUGGUCAUCUACUCGGCCACUUUCAUGCGCUACUCGAUGGCCGUCACGCCCAAGAACUACCUUCUCUUCGCAUGCCACGCUAUCAACUUUGGUUCGCAGUUGACACAAGGAUACCGAUACCUGAACUAUUGGAACUGGGGAGGUCGCGAGAAGUCUCUUGCUUUGAAGGGUGGGGAAUAA